UCAUUAGGGUUUCAGAUGUCUAUCUCAUUCCAAUCCGCCUCCCCAUCUCUCUCUCUCUUGGAGAUUCAGAAACCCCAAGCUAUCUUCACCAGAUCUGUUUGAGAAUUUGCUUUCUUCACCAGAUCUAGGGUUUCUACAUGUCAUUCAAGAUUUGGCUAUCGCAGUUUUCUCUCUCAAACGAGAUCUAGAGUUUCUACAUACGCUUCAAGAUCUGGCUUUCACAGUUCGGUUCGACACAUUUCAAAUUGAGAUCCCUUUUUCCAUUUUCGUUCUCUCUCUCCCUCAAAGAUCUGGAUUUGGAUCUGUGGAUCCAAAAGGAAAAACAAUCAGAGAUGUUCUUUUACCCCAAAAAUCACUGUGCACUUUUAUAUACAUACAUCUGGUGAGAGCCAAACCUUGCAAGACCCAAAAUUUCAUCCAGAUGAUGUUUGUAUCUGCUUUAAACUUGCAGAUCUAGGGUUUUACUUUCAUGUCUUAGGACCACAUGCGUAAGGCUGGAGAUGCAUGUUUUGCUGAAGUUUCUUGGAUAAUCCCGUCACCGAUACACAGCCAACAGAUCAGCAUCAGCGGCUUUCCUUAUGCUUUGACAAACUAAAAUGUCUCUAGAAGCUUGAAAUCAAGGUUCAUUUAUCAGCUCCCAGCUGUUCGUUUAACGGAUGAACAAGAUGGUCGAUUGAGAGGGUUUUGGUGAGUCACACAGGUUCAUUUUAAAGCAUUUCCCCCUCACACAUGUAGGAAAGAGAAGUAAAACCAUUCAUUGAAGAUCUACGUUCGUUUGUUUGUACAUUCACAGAAGGGAACACAAGAACAGUCCCAGCUGGACAAACAUCGAAAACAGGUUCAAAGAUUGGCAAACCAAAUGGUCAUGCAUCAAGGCAUGGAAGCAGAUAUUGAAUUAUUGUCUCUUUUUCGGUUCUAGAGAGUGGUUUCAGUGAAGGGCUCAAAACCAGAGCUGAUCAUGUCUGUUUAAGAUAUCAACAUCCACUCACAAUCUUUAAUUACUGUCAGGGACUCUAACAAGGUAUCGUUCUAAGUUGUAAAUGAUGUGGUGGUCAUCUUGUUGGAUAUUUGCUGGACAAUAAUGGCUCCGAGGCGCGAGAAAUGAAUAAAAGAAAGGAGGGUAUGCCAGGUGAAGCAAGAGCUGCUGCUUUAUUAAGGCGUUCUGUUAGAGAGAAUGGUUCUGACCUUGCCGAGCAAAGUGGAGAAGUAUCACGAUCCAUAUCUGGACCAGAUGUGAUAGGGCUAAGAGUCGAGGCUUUGUGCUCCCCUACUUUGAACGGCUAAACCCUUACAAUGUUUUGACUUUGGUGAAAAAGGAAUAUGGGUAUGGGGAACCCCGGUUGAAAUGGAUAUUGAUGGAGUGAAAACGUCUGUCUUUUAUCUUGACACAGAGGGGUUCGAAAGUAUAGGGAAAUCAAACGUCUAUGAUGACAGGUUCAAAUCCAAAGAAGCGGAUGCAUUGCUCUAUAAUGAUCAUGCCAUCUUGCGUUUAGUACAAAACUGAUUUUUUUUGUUUUGUUUGUCAAUGAACAGAGUAAAGGGGCAAGAUGUGGCGUUUGAACCAGCAAAACUCUUGUGGCUUAUACAACGUGACUUCUUACAGGGGAAGUCUGUAAAAGAAAUGGUAGAUGAAGCUCUACGACAUGUUCCUAACCAUGAUGGUGACAAAAAUAUUGACCAGGUCAACCAAAUUCGGGACUCUCUAGCUAUCAUGGGCGACAAUAGCACAGCUUUCAGCUUACCACAAGAUAUGUCUGGUCAUUGUACCGUCGACGAAUUUUCAUCAUUGAGAAAUGAUAGAGCAUGGUAUAAUCUAACCUUUGUUAUGGUCGAGCUUAUUUGGCAUGACGUUGAGGGAAAGAGAUUAGUGAUUAUUUUUCUUGAUCAAAACAGACAAAAAAUUGUUGCGAUCGUUCCACAAGAUUUGAUACACCUAUAUAAUGACGAUACAUUGAUGGGUGGCUUUUUUUCGUUGAAUCAUUUCCAAAUUGAGAAUCUCAACUAUCAUGAGUACCCAAAGUACCAUAAUUACCUCUUAGUCUGUUCGGAGAAAAAAAUCGUCAUCAAUGAAUAUACGAAGCUUUUAUCACUGGAGCUUACGAUUCCAAGAGGUGCUUGUAUAUAUCCGUUGGUGCCUUCCAUUAUAAAAUUGAAGCAUGAUAGAAGACCAAAAAAAUUUAUUGUUGAUGUGGUUGGGAGGAUAAUAGAAGGUAAAAGAGAUCGUUGUUGUUUCGAACUUUCUCUUCGAGAUAAGACUGGUCAUACAAUACAAAUGUUUUUGUCCACCCUGAAGCCUUCCGAUGUUAUAUGUACCAUUCUAGCGGUGCAACGAAAGUCUAUCAUAUACGUAUCACGUGUCAAGUUUGUUCACCUACCGGAUAUUAAUAUUUUGAAGUCUACAGAACUGAGUAGGAUUACUUACGACCCAGAUAUGCUCGAGGCACGAGAUAUUUAAAUUAUGGAUCUAUACCUAAGUCCGUGUUAAUGUUAGAAACAUUGGGUGUUUUUAUAUCUUUAGUUGUGGAAUAUUAAAAUCCAUGAUGGUGUUUCGUGAUUUGCUUUUGGUUAACUGCCUUUAUGUUUCUUUCCUACUUGUAGAAGUAUACUUUAGUUUGUUUAAUAUUAUAUUAUGUUGUAACAAGUAUGUUAUAUUACUUGAUUUAAAAGUAA